UCUAUUUGAAAUUUUUUCUGCCUUACAUGUUUUGCCAACUAAAUUUACAUACUUCUUUUUCCUACUAGCUAUACACUGAAAUCAAGUAAUUUAGACCCAGCUGCUCUCACCACUGUUACAAAGUACCUUUUCGAAAUCUGACCUUGAUUUGGAAACCGAACAAUUUCUUGGUAACUCGUUUGCUAUAAGUGCCUCAUUGUGCUUACAGAUUUGGUAUGCGUUUAUGUCAGCCAUAUUAUCUACGUUCCUUUCCAAAACAAGUAUUAAUGGCUUACUAAAUCGAGGAAAGAUGUUUGUUUUUUCGACGGAUCGGAUAAACACUUUUCUGGAUAUUCCUCCCGAGUGGAUCUCUGCGGAUAAGAAGCUUCUUGAUUUGGGCGCUGGUGAUGGUGGUAUUACAGCCAAGUUAUCUGGUAUAUAUGGAACUAUUUAUACCACGGAAAUGUCACAGGUUCCUAUAUAUCUUAAAGUCAUGCAAUGGCGACUUCGUCAGCAGAACUUCCUAGAAGAAGAUGUUGAGAAAUGGAGUUCGACUGCUCGUCAAUAUAAUUUGAUAUCUGCUCUGAAUUUGCUAGAUAGGUCUGUGUAUUUGACUGCUGUUUUCCCAUUAUUCUUACUUUCUUUCUGUUUUUAGGC